CAAUUAACCGACCAUUGAGAAAACAACAAACAUAACCAAAAGAGGAGAGGAGGUCUGAACAAGGAUUUUAACUGAUGGCUGAUAGCUCAAAUUCCCCAGCAGAUUCACCGCCUUCUUUUUUCCGGGGGCAUUGGGAAGGUUGGAAAGGCUAUUGGGGCGAGAAAUUUGCCUUCCUCGAUGACUACAGCAAGUUUGUUAAACGCGAAAAGCCGAUACCCUCAUGGUCUGAUUCUGAUGUUGAGGAAUUCAUCGCUUCCGAUCCGGUUCACGGCCCAACUCUGAAGACUGCAAGGGAAGCAGUAAAAUUUGCUGCAACAGGAAGUAUUAUUGGAGCAAUUUCGACUGCUGGAAUUGCUUGGAAGUAUUCUAGGAGCCCUCAUGGUACUGCCUUGUCCCUUGGAGCUGGAGCUGUCUUUGGUUGGACCUUUGGACAGGAAAUUGCAAACCACUGGCUACAACUGUAUAGGUUGGAUACCAUGGCUGCUCAGGUCAAGUUCUUGGACUGGUGGGUGAACAAAACUGAGACUUAGUGAUGAAUUCAUAGGAUUGGGUCCUUUAUCCUCUCCCAAUAAGAAAACCAUGUGGUGGUGACCAAACUGUGAGACAAGCUUCCUAAUUUUGGUUUUUUGGUUUUUUUUUUUGUUUUUAAAAGUAUUUCUAUGCUCUCACUUGAUGCAGCAGUGUAAACUUGUUCCAUCUUGAUCAGAUUACCGGUUUGAGAUACUGACUUGUUUGUUGAUCUAUUGUCCUAUCUUUAGCAGAUAAAUCACCUAUUGAAACCUUUGUUUUUAGAUUGUUAUACCAAAUGUCUGCUUAGAAGGUCCAAA